AUGAUUAGCAAUACUGAGCCUCUACUCGCGGUGGUACAGAACCAUGCUGCCUCUUUCACAGAUACACCAGAAUUGACAGCAGAUCUGUCUCCUUUUUCUACACUAUCUGAACCUACCUCUCCUUCUCAAAGACUCUCACUGCAGUCCCUAUCGCUAUCAACCCCGAGAAAGAAUGCACCUGAUAAACCAAUCUAUUGCAAUUCGGUGCAAUUGAUAGAUUGGGGUCCGCGUUCUGGUAUCGCUGGAACAAACGUCAAAUUGGAGCUUUUACAUUUUACACCUCUUCCCAAAACCUUUAUCGAAGCUACCAUCUCACUUAAGAGUGAUACCUUACAGAAAUACGUUGCCGCCGACCUCAUAUCACCUAACUUGAGCAUAACACAGCAUGCGGUUACCGUCACCUUUACCAUUCCUCAAAUUCCGUUGUCGUCAGAAGCCCAUCAUUUCUUUGUCAGCCUCUGUCUGGAAUAUCAGGAACACUCUGACUUAUCCCGUCAAACAAUAUAUGUCGGUGUGGGCGAGUAUGUCUAUCUUGAUAAAGGCCCUGCCUCACCUUCGGAGACGACUCUUCGGCCACUUCCGCUUCGAGAUGUCAGUAGUUUUGCGGACAAUCAACCCUCACACCUCUCUACGGAUCCGCAGAUUUUUGAUCAAGAGCAAUCAACCAAUAACGAGAGCUUCAGAUCUCAAACGUAUCCAAGAGAAGAUUCAUCAUAUCCGCGGGAGCCUGCAUCCGCAAGAUCAAAACCAACCCCAUCCACGCCGGCUUUUGGCGUACCCUCCUUAUGGGGAUCGGACGGCUCGACCCUUCCGAAUCAUACUCUUAUGCACUCACCAUGGGCGACAGCUUCAGUUCCGAACAGUUGCGUUUCUCAGCCUUUCGCACCUAACGGUAGCAAAGUAUCCGAAUAUGAGACCUUUGAUCAAGAGAACAGAAGAAUGUCAUUUGAUAUCAAUAGAAUGUAUUAUGAGUCGGCCUCUGAUCGGGAAUUUGAACCCAACAUUGUGGCUUUAACAAGUGUCUCGCGAGUGGGACGGUGUAGUAGAAGCAAAUCUCAUUCUGACUCACGACCUAUGCGAAUGCCUGACUAUGAAGCCCCGCAGCUGCAUUCGUAUGCGCGUCGAGAAGAAAACCGAUUGAUUUUACGUAUUGAAGGCGCCUUGAGUGACAUCAUGUGUGGUUGGACGAAUGAAGAAACUAGAUGUGGAAGGAGAUUAGUCCAAUUCUCAAGAAAGCUGCAAGGAUCGGUCCUCACCGUUUAUUUUCAAGCUGUUCCUUCACAUAAAUCUGAACCUGAUAAUCGAAACGGAGUCGUAUCCUGCAUCUACAGAGAUGAUCCGGACGGCUGUUUUAUCACGUCUGUGGAUAUGAUCUCUUUGAUUGAAUCAUUGGUCGGAACAAACUUCCCGACAGCUGAGAAAAAUAGAAUACGUCGCAAUCUUCAAGGCUUCAAACCUAUCACAGUCACCAAAUCCAAACCGGAUUCGGAAGCAUUCUUCAAGCGUAUCAUGAGUUUUCAAAACCCAAAACCACGUAAUAUUGAGAAAGAUAUCAAGGUGUUUGCAUGGGGUAGCUUGGAAUCAGCUCUGGCUAAAGUUUUGGGUAAAUAUACGUGUAUCAGUGAUGGACCAGAUGAUCCAAGAGCGAUUAUCAACUUUGAAUUUCAGUCACCAAGUCGAGAUUCGCUGAGAUAUACGGCUGAGCCUACCUCUGCCUACAGUCUUUUCCCUUCCCUGCGAGAAAGUCCAAUGGUAAAAACUGAUCCAACUAUAGGCCCGAGCGGUCGUCCUACUCGAUCGCAUUCAAGUGGAGCUAUCAAUCUUUCGACCGCUGCUACCUCACAUACCAACUGGAGACCCGAUAAUGAAGGCAGUUUACCUGAUCAGAAUGUCAUCGAAAAAUCACUCGACUUCGCUUAUGCCCUACCUUGGCAAUUUGCCGCCCAAUCAGACUCGCCCAACUCUUGUAGCUCCUUUGAUACUAUGACGACCAUUCCGGAUCGAAUCGAAACUGGAGCACCAUUGGCAUCCUUUGUUCGUGGUCAUGAACAUAUUUCGCAACCGCCAAGCAAUCCAAAGUCAAAUUUCAUGAUUCAUGAUAGAGUUUACAGCAACUCUUCCUCAGACGCCCGGUAUCUUGACCUGUUUGAAAAACGAGCCUAUGGACUCAAUGAUCUUCCAAAUCCCACCUUUUCACGAAACAUCGGAAGUGGUGAAGAAAACAACGGUAUGACAUGA